CUGAAAUCCGGGUGGCGACAAAUUACCGUGGGGACGUGUUAGUGAGACGUCUGGACACCUCCGACUUGGCCUCCGUCAGAGAGUUCGCCCAGAAGAUCAUAGAAAACGAGAAAGAACUCCACAUACUGAUCAACAACGCAGGCAUCAUGGGGCCGCCCACCAGAGAGGUCACCAAAGACGGGGUGGAGCUGACCAUGGCCACCAACCAUGGCCACUUCCUCCUGACCACACUGUUGAAAAAAAGAGCGCCCCCGAGUGCAUUCAUCAACCUCACCUCUGACAGCCACGACUAUGUCAACAAACUUAACCCCGACAGCCUGAACUUCGAGCGGGAGUACUACAGCUCCAUGACGGCUUAUGGCCAGACCAAACUGUGUAAUAUUUUGUUUACCAUCGAGCUGACCGUCAAACUGGAGGGCACAGGUGUGACGGCUAACAGUAUACACCCCGGCUGCGUCCACACUGAGAUCUUCUACAAGGGCAAGGUGACCCUCUUCGCCUGGGUGUGUGGGAAGCUGUUCUUGGUGAUGGGCAAGGAUGCCAGCCUGGGAGCACAGCCUGUCAUCUACUUAGCGGUGUCAGAUGAGGUUGAAGGUGUCUCCGGCAAAUACUUCGUCGACUGCAAGGACACACCGACCACGGAAUUAGCGCGACAGAAGAAGUUAGCUCGUCACCUGUGGGAGGCCAGCGAGGUGGACGUCAAACUCCAGCCGGAAGAGAAACACUACUAGAGAGAAACACUACUAGAGAGAAACACUACUAGAGAGAAACACUACUAUGACGACGUGAGAGAGAGCAGCUGAGAUAAAGGCUAGUGUUACAACGAGAUGCUGAGAGAAAUACCACAAGGGCAAGGACAGAAGCUGAGAAACGCUACUGUGACAACGAGAUGCUGAGAGAAACACUACUAUGGCAACGAGAUGCUGAGGGAAACACUACUAAUGACAACAAGAUGCUGAGAGAAACACUACUAUGACAACAAGAUGCUGAGAGAAACACUACUAAUGACAACGAGAUGCUGAAACACUACUAAUGACGAGAUGCUGAGAGAAACACUACUAAUGACAACGAGAUGCUGAGAGAAACACUACUAAUGACAACGAGAUGCUGAGAGAAACACUACUAAUGACAACGAGAUGCUGAGAGAAACACUACUAAUGACAACGAGAUGCUGAGAGAAACACUACUAAUGACGAGAUGCUGAGAGAGACACUACUAAUGACAACGAGAUGCUGAGAGAAACACUACUAAUGACGAGAUGCUGAGAGAGACACUACUAAUGACAACGAGAUGCUGAGAGAGACACUACUAAUGACAACGAGAUGCUGA